GGAGGAGCAGGAGGCCUCCCACCCCCCCCCCCCCCCUCCAUUACACAUACACACACACCCCCCCACCCCGGUUCGCCGCCGGUAGGAACCGCGUUGCCUUUCCCAACCCCGGGGGGACGGACCGCGGAGGAGGGCGGAUUACAGAAAAGUGUGGUACUGGUACAGUCUUUUUGGUGGAAGAAUCUAAAUAAGCACAUUUUGAAGGCUCGGACAGACAUUCAAAAGCAAAAAUGCGACCAAUGCGUAUUUUUGUGAACGACGACCGCCAUGUGAUGGCCAAACAUUCGGCCGUUUAUCCGACACAGGAGGAGCUGGAGGCAGUUCAGAAUAUGGUGUCCCACACGGAGCGAGCACUCAAAGCUGUCUCCGACUGGAUCGAUGAGCAAGAAAAAGUCAGUGGGGAGCAGCCAGAAACAGAGUCCAUGGAGACAGCAGCUGAAGGAAACAAGGAAGGAGGGGAUCAGAAGGCCACAGAGCAGUUGACUAGGACCCUGCGUGGAGUGAUGCGUGUAGGGCUGGUAGCAAAAGGCCUGUUACUGAAGGGGGACUUGGAUCUUGAGCUAGUUCUUUUGUGCAAAGAUAAACCCACCACAGAUCUCCUGGAGAAAGUAGCUGACAAUCUCGGAGUACAGCUUGCUGCUAUUACUGAAGACAAAUACGAAAUAAUCCAGUCAGUUGGUGAUGCUGCAAUUGUAAUUAAGAACACAAAAGAGCCACCGUUGACACUGACCAUCCACUUGACGUCGCCCGUAGUCAGAGAAGAAAUGGAAAAACAGUUAGCUGGAGAAACGCUAUCAGUCAACGACUCCCCGGACGUUCUGGACAGGCAGAAAUGCCUUGCUGCCUUGGCGUCACUGCGACACGCCAAGUGGUUCCAGGCCAGGGCUAACGGGCUGAAGUCGUGCGUCAUAGUGAUACGAGUGUUGCGAGAUCUGUGUACUCGGGUUCCUACUUGGGCACCGCUGAGAGGAUGGCCUCUAGAGCUGCUGUGUGAGAAAUCUAUUGGAACUGCUAACAGACCCAUGGGCGCUGGCGAGGCUCUGAGGAGAGUUCUUGAAUGCCUUGCCUCGGGAAUCGUUAUGCCAGAUGGUUCUGGUAUUUAUGAUCCUUGUGAAAAAGAAGCCACUGAUGCUAUUGGGCAUCUAGACAGACAACAAAGGGAAGAUAUCACACAGAGUGCUCAGCACGCUCUGAGACUUGCUGCUUUUGGCCAGCUUCACAAAGUCUUGGGGAUGGAUCCCCUACCUUCCAAAAUGCCCAAGAAACCAAAGAACGAAAACCCCGUUGACUAUACUGUCCAGAUUCCUCCCAGUACAACGUAUGCUGUCACCCCAAUGAAGCGUCCAAUGGAGGAGGACGGAGAGGAGAAAUCUCCCAGCAAAAAGAAAAGAAGAUUCAGAAAAAAGGUAUUGAGUUAACAAGAGGAAAAACUCGAACCUCCCCAGGCCAUGAAUGCACUGAUGAAACUAAACCAGCUAAAACCUGGGCUCCAGUACAAACUUGUGUCUCAGACUGGUCCUGUUCACGCUCCUAUCUUUACAAUGUCUGUGGAAAUCGAUGGCAGCACGUUUGAGGCAUCAGGACCUUCCAAAAAGACAGCCAAAUUGCACGUGGCAGUGAAGGUGUUGCAAGAUAUGGGUUUACCCACAGGAGUGGAGGGCAAAGAAUCUGGGAAAGGAGACGAAUCAGCAGAGGAAACAGAGCAGAAACCAGUCGUUGUCGCUCCUCCUCCUGUAGUAGAAACUGUCUCGACGCCCACUGCUGCGUCUCCUCCUUCAGAUCAAACCCCAGAGAAUGUGAAACAACAGGGACCAAUUCUGACGAAGCAUGGCAAGAAUCCUGUGAUGGAGCACGAGAAAAGGCGCGGGCUGAAAUACGAACUGAUUUCAGAAACGGGCGGCAGUCAUGACAAGCGCUUUGUCAUGGAGGUGGAGGUUGAUGGGCAGAAAUUCCAAGGAGCUGGUUCAAAUAAGAAGGUGGCAAAAGCCUACGCUGCUCUGGCCGCGCUAGAGAAAUUGUUCCCAGAUGCUCCUGUUGCCAUUGAGCAAAACAAGAAGAAGAGGCCCCCCGUGCCAGCUAGGGGAGGACCCAAGUUUGCCGUAAAACAGCACAACCCGGGUUUCGGAAUGGGAGGCCCCAUGCACAACGAAGUGCCCCCUCCGCCCAACAUGCGCGGUCGUGGAAGAGGCGGCAACAUCCGAGGCCGCGGAAGAGGCAGGGGCGGAUUCGGUGGCAAUCACGGCGGCUACAUGAAUGCAGGUGCUGGAUAUGGAAGCUAUGGUUACGGAGGCAAUUCUGCAACGGCAGGCUAUAGCCAGUUCUACAGCAACGGCGGCCACUCGAACUCGGGGAGCGGCGGCGGAGGUGGCGGCGGCGGCUCCUCCGGCUACGGCUCCUACUACCAAGGCGGCGAUAACUACAACUCGCCCGUUCCUCCGAAACAUGGUGGAAAGAAACAGCAGCAUGGAGGACAGCAAAAACCCUCCUACGGUUCGGGCUAUCAGUCCCACCAGGGCCAGCAGCAGCAGUCCUACAACCAAAACCAGUACAGUAACUACGGCCCGCCGCAGGGCAAACAGAAAGGCUACAACCACGGCCAAGGCAACUAUUCCUCCUACUCCAAUUCCUACAACUCGCCUGGCGGCGGAGGCUCCGAUUACAACUACGAGAGCAAAUUUAGUUACGGUGGCAACAGCGGCCGCGGAGGCGGAGGAAAUAACUACUCGGGAGGUGCCUCCUACAACACCGGCUCACACGGUGGCUAUGGGGGAGGAUCUGGGGGCGGAGGGUCCUCGUACCAAGGUGGAUAUUCCUCUCAGUCCAACUACAACUCCCCCGGUUCAGGCCAAAAUUACAGCGGCCCCCCCAGCUCCUACCAGGCGUCCCAAGGCGGCUACGGCAGAAACGACCACAGCAUGAAUUACCAGUACAGAUAAAGCCGCCCCUUCCUCCAUGGGCGCGGAGCUUUGUUCCCUCCCGCGCUCGCCACCCUUUGAAUAUUCAGUUUUAUCGCAUCACGGUAAACACGUAAACCCCUCCCUUGCCCCCCCCCUUCCCCCCCGUUCCAUGUUGCAGUGCUCUUUGUGAUACCGGUCACUAAUGGUUGAGUACCUGUAAUUCCAUACUUAGCUGUAUUUGGGCAUCUCUGUAUUUAAUGGUUUGUUAGUUGCCAUUACAACUUUGUCUAAAUAGGAAUUUUUUGGGGUUUUGUUUUUUUUUUUGGUUUUUUUUUUUUUUGAGUUAAUACAAUUUCAGUAUCCUUUUUCUAUUUAAAAAUUGACGUGGAAGUGUGAACACAGUAUGGCUUUAAAUAGAUAAGGGAUAUGUCAUCUGUUAAUGCUUUUGUGAAGUGAGUUAAACGAGCUUUCUGUAUUUUAAUGCUUUAGUGUUUCAGUUUUAUAAGUGAAGAUUUUAUUUUAAAAACCAGUGGGAAAGAGUGGGUUUUGUAUGCCUGAAUCCCUCAGGCAGUACAUCUGGAGUAAGCUGAAUGUAGACAAAUAAACACAAAACUCUUGA